UUCUGAUUUGUUUUGAUGAAGAUUUGUAAAUGUUUCAGAUAAUUUGGAAAAGUGUUUUUGUAAAACUGUGACAUCUGUUUCAAGUUUGCAGUGCCAACUUGUUCUCGUCUGUUAUGCCGGACCAAGAUGUCCACAACUAUGAGACUAGAUCUUCAAAAUUUAACUCAGGACGGACUUGAGUCACUGUUCCCUCGCUGUUCUCCGAAAACUCCUAUAUCUAGUAAACCCUUUCCAGGAGCAGCAAGCAGGAGUAGAUCAUCUGAACCAAUGAAUUCUCAGCUUUCAAACCAGAUUUCUCCCUCCAACAGAGAUCAGAGACAAGAGUGUGGGACUGAUCUAUCUAGCAGUGAAGAUAUUUUCACACGUGAAAUUUCUUGGAGCAAUUACUCCAGUUCUAGCCGAGGUGGGCGGGACCGGAGAGGGGAGGGAGACCAGCAGGGGGAGAAGGGGCGUGUCCAGUGGGAGGAGAAGAAGUCACGACGGGAACUAAUGGAUAGAAGCGGACACUACGAGGUUGACCGAGGUCUAUACCAGGAGAGUGGGAGGAUGGAGGCUGCUGGUAGAAGAGCAGGGAAACCUGAGAGGACAAGACGAAACGAAGAAUAUAUGAUGGAUGGAGAACGACGGAUGACCCAUGAGGAUGAAGGAUUGAGGAUGAUGAAUGAAGGAACAAGGAGGUUGGAUGAGGGUGGAAUGAAACGAAUGAAUGAAAGAGAAUAUUCCAAUGAAAGAUUAAACGAGAGCGUGGAGAGAAGGAUAGAAAAGGCUGGAGGUCUAGAGAUUGUAUCUAAAUCUCGUAGCACCAGGAGGAAAAGAUUGAGGAAACCGGUUCCCCUCAGUCCAGGUCCUCUUAGUCCUAAUAGACCAAGUCCAUUAGAAGGUGGACACCUCCUAGAUAGUCCAGUCCAUCUACUGGACUGUGGACCACCCUUGGUUGGUCCCCUGGACCCUUGGACCGGUCCUGGUUACGGGACCACGGCAGUAGACGCCAGUCAAGAACGACGAUUAGUUGAAACUGAUUGGAACACAGAGUCCAACCCUGGAACGGAUUGGAACAGAACCAGGACUGGAACAGAUUCGAACAAAUCAGCGAGAAAUUGGAACUCGGGGAUUUCUGAAGUUGAAAGAAAUCGGGGAACAUCAGAUUGGAGCCUGGAACAAUCGGGAACUCGAAGUUUGGAGCCUAGACCGUCCAGUGCAGUGUUCCGAGAAACUUGCUUUCAAAGCUCUCCAAACAGAAACAAUAUUGUAUUCGAUGAUAUAGGAUAUCCUGGAGAGGAUCCGGAUACAGAUUACGAUCUUCUUGGACAUCUCCUCCCUCCUCCUGUAGUCAACCCUCCAUCAAGGACUCGUGUUUCAAUAGAUGAACUUCUUAGACAUUCUCCUGAUAUCAGUCAAACACAGGUGAAAACAUUGGAAGAUCUGGAUAAAAACCCUUUAUACCCGAUCCCUCUGCCCACCUCUCCGCCCCCACUGGAUCCCUCCCCAUCCCCUCUGGGGGGCGCCACCCCCCUCCCACUCAGCUCCUCUCCGGACAAAUCCUUGAACAUAUCCGAUAUCUCUACCUCCAUCCCAGUCCUAGCUUCUCCAGAAUCCUCCUCCAAUCGUAUACCGGAGUCCUUCUCCCCCUCCAACCCUCUCUAUAGAUCCUACUCCCCCUCCCUCCCUGCGUUAAAGUCUCCCUGUCCUCCUUCCCUGGCGUCGGAAUCUCUGGAUAAUCUCUACCUGGGAGAGGAAGCUGUCUCUGAACCAUCAAAUAUAGGAACGCUUACAUUAACACAGUACACUGAAUCUCCAAGAAGGUACGGACACCGAUCUGAGGACGGGUCUAAUUUUCAAUUAAAGCAUUCCCGCAUUUUAUGUGAAGAAAGUUCCUCAUCAGCUGUACCAAAUCCUGGUCCUGACUCCCCUAGUGAGGUAGAGGCUAGUAAUGAGGGAGGGAAGGAAGAAGAUGGAGGGGAGAAGUGUGAUGAGUUGAAGGAAGGUAUUGGAGGAUUGAACGAGGGAUUGAGAGACUUGGCACGGAUAGGCGGACUGUCCUCUACUGGACUGGAGACCGGUGGGAGUGCCAGUACCCAGCUGGUUCCCCCAGGUGAAACAUCAACUUUCAAACAGAAAGGGAACAGGAAAUUACCGGGCUUUCCGCAAAGGAUACAAUCCAACCCAACCACACCCAGUACGGGAAUACAAGAGUCAAAUGAAGAAAGCGAUUUGAGCAAAAUGACCAGCACGCUACGUCAGUCAGACCAAUCAGGAGAACGGAAAAAUAAUCUCCGCCAAUCGGGAGGAAGCAUGAACCCUCUGCACCAAUCAGACGACAGUCUGAAAUAUAAAUCUGAUUAUAGUUAUGAGUCUAGUGAGACAAGAAGAGUAUUACAAGAGUUUUUUAACCAAAACCAGAAAUCUCAACCCUACUCCCAGGAACAGCAAUCUCAAACCUAUCCUACAGAACCUUGUCAGCCCCGCUCCCCCUCCUUAUCCCAGGGGCAGCAGACUCAAACCUUCUCCUCCUUACACAACUCUCAAUCCUUCCCUUCUAACAUUCAGCAGAAUUCACCGAAGCAGCUUAUUCAUCCUUUCACUACAGAGCAGCAGCAGCAACUUAUUCAUCCUUACUCUUCGGAGCAGCAGCUUAUUCAUCCUUACUCUUCAGAGCAGCAGCUAAUUCAUCCGUAUUCUACAGAACAGCAUCAGCAGCAACGGUUGAAGACAACCAAACAACAACAACAGCAGCAGCCGAGAAAUAAUGAUUUGUUGCAUACUGAGGUUGGAUCGGAGAGUGGAGUCGAAGACGAUAUUUCCUAUUCUCUGAGUCGAAGAUCUGUUAAUAGUAUGGUCGGUCAGAAACUUGCUUUAGAAACUGAUGAUAACCUACUGCAUGGAGUAACCGGAAGUACUACACGUUCUGCUGUAUUAAGACGUGGUGAGAUGAAUCAGGAAUUGUUGGAUCUUGGAAUAAUACAAACUUCAGAGACGUCCAAUACCAGAUACGAGAUAUCCUCUGGCAGAUCUGAGAAUCAGAGUCUCAAAUCUCAACUUGAUCUUCUCUCCUCAGACCCAGAGCAUAAACUUGAUCCUCAAUCCCGAUAUAUCAUGGACCAGUCCAACCAGAGGAACAGGCAUAAGGACACGCGGGAAACACAGGCUCGGGAAAAUCCGGGAACCAGAGACAAGUUUGAAUUAAUCCGCGAGAAUCCUGAGAAAAUGUCUGAAAGUAGGAAUUUCACCCUGUCUCCUGAAACUACGGACUGUGAUUCUGCUGAUCUUGAAUCUGAACUGUCUCUUCCAUCCGGUGGAGAGGGAUCAUAUCAUUCAUCUGGACCUAGGAUGCAUACAUCAAUGCCAAUACUAGAGGACGGAUUGUCUUCCGGCCACGCCUCAGAUCUAGAGGAGGAGGGUUCAGGAUCAUUUUUAGGGAACGCCCCUUUACCCGCCCAUCACAAUCAUUCAAGUGCCCUUACGCAGCUGAAGCUAGAUUCAGCGCAUUCUUGUGUCAGAGAUGGUAACAGUAUUUACAGUUGGGAUAAACAAUCUAGAGAACUAAAUCCAAACAAUCGGGAACACAGUUCUCAGAACAACAAGAACUACAUGAACACCAAGGUGUACCGGGAGUCCCGGAAUCAGGAGCAGGUUGUCCAGGACCUAGACCUGAGGGAGGAGAACAAGGAAAACAGCGUUCUACAGGAGGAACAACCUGGAUACAGAGAGGAGAAGUUUCCUGACGAGAAAACCAAAGAAAUUCGUGAUAUCAGCACUUACACUCAUUCAGGACCCAUCCAGGGACAGUUAAACUCCAACCUGGUCGGGGGGUUGAAUCCGAACCCUAAUCCGGGGCUAAAGAGUCCUGUAUACACUAGAGAUAGCUCGACUCAGCCCAUGCUACAAGAUAUAUACCCUAACGGUCAGCCUGCUCUACCACAGUUUCGAAGUAGAGGUGUAGAUCCCCAUGAGGGCCGUUUGUCCCAAGAAAUCAGUUCCAACAGGAUGUCCCAAGAAAUCCCCUCCCAUCGUAUAUCCCAAGCGCUAGAGUUCUCUAGUAAAGUUUGUGAACCAUCUAUUAGAAAGUCUGGUCUCUCUCCUCUCUCCUCUCCAGGUUUAUGUGGGGCUCGGACACCCCCCUCUCCAGCCCCAUCCUCUCCAUCUAACUCAUCCUCUCCGCCACAAUCCAAUCCAUCCGCCAUCCCAUCUGGAUCUCCGCCCCGCUCCGCCGUCCAGGCAGCUAUAAAGGACAUAAGAAAGGCAAUUCAAUCAACCAAGACCCUGGAUCCAACAGGUUGUCCUCCUCCUCCUCCUGAUCCCUGGGUUCCUAGAACUAGUUCCUCUCCUAGUCCUCCAGCAUCACCUACACCUCCUCCUCCUCCUCUAGAACUCAAGGAUGAGACGGAGAGUGAACUGGAUGAGGAGGAGAGAGUUCCUACUCCGGAGAUAUUGAAACGGGAUGAAGAUGAAUUAGAUACAGAUCAGGAAACUGACCGACUGCUGGGACAGCAGUACACUGACCCUGAAACCAGAAACAACAAGCAUUUGAAAAAGAAAUUGAUUAACGGAGGUGUGGGGGGUAGAUCCUACCCACCCCUUGCCACUUCAAACCAUUCGGAAACUAAUUGUCCAGCCUGUCUAGCUGCCCAGCAGAAUGAAUCUUCCAAGGGGAAAUCCUCCAAGACAAAUGAAGGUCCUGUUACAGAUCCUAAAGUAUUAAUAGAGGGUGUUCUCUUCAGAGCUAGAUACCUAGGAUCUACUCAGCUAGUAUGUGAAGGUCAACCUACAAAGGCUACCCGUAUGAUGCAGGCUGAGGAAGCUGUUUCAAGAAUUAAGGCGCCUGCUGGAGACGUACAGCCUAGUACCGAGGUAGAUUUAUUCAUCUCUACAGAGAAAAUUAUGGUGCUCAACACAGAUCUCAAGGAAAUUAUGAUGGACCAUGGACUACGAACUAUAUCCUACAUAGCUGAUAUUGGGGACCUUGUUGUUAUUAUGGCAAGAAGACGAUUAAUACCUCAGGUGAAAUUUUUCUUCAUUUUUGAGUAUGCGAAUGGGAUAGAAGACAACUCCUUUGUUAAAGAAAUGGAUUACCAGGAGGUGUUAAAUUCACAGGAGAUUUUUGGAGAUGAGCUUGCUAUGUUUGCUAAAAAGGAGUUGCAAAAGGAGGUUGUAGUGCCUAAAGCUAAAGGUGAGAUACUGGGUGUUGUGAUAGUAGAGAGUGGCUGGGGCAGUAUGCUUCCUACAAUUGUACUCGCUAACCUUUGCCCGACCGGUCCUGCUGCACGCUGCGGUCAUCUUAAUAUUGGGGAUCAGGUUAUUGCUAUUAACGGAGUAUCUCUUGUCGGACUACCGCUUUCAACUUGCCAGCAGUAUAUUAAGAACACAAAGAACAAGACGGCUGUGAAGCUGACCGCUGUCUCCUGUCCACCUGUUGUCGAGGUCAAGAUAAAGCGCCCUGAUACCAAAUACCAGCUGGGGUUCAGUGUCCAGAACGGAGUGAUUUGUAGUUUACUACGUGGUGGGAUAGCAGAGAGAGGAGGGGUUAGAGUAGGACACAGAAUAAUUGAGAUUAACGGACAGAGUGUUGUUGCUGUUCCACAUGAACGUAUUGUAAACCUUCUAGCCACAAGUGUAGGAGAGAUUGCAAUGAAGACUAUGCCGACCUCAAUGUAUAGACUUUUGACCGGACAGGAAACCCCGGUCUAUAUAUAGACAACAUCGGUCAAUAUCUGGGAAACCCUAGUUAACAUUUGGGUAAUUCGGUAAAUAUCUGGGAAACCCCAGUUAACAUUGGGGUAAUCCUGGUGAACAUCUCGGAAACCCAAGUCUAUAUCUCGACAACACCGGUCAAUAUCUGAUAAACCCCGGUCAACAUCUGGGAAAUUCUGUUCAACGGUGUUUUUAUAGACAACCCCGGUUAACAUCUGUGAAUUUCCUUUCGAAACCUGGGAAACCCCAGUAACAUCUGGGAAACCCCAGUCAAUAUCCGGGAAAUCCCAAUCAAUAUUCGAGAAACCCCGGUCAAAAUCUGGGAAGCUCUGGUCAAUAUCUGAGAAACCACGGUCAACAUCUUGGAAAUCCCAGUCAAUAUUUAUGAGUGAGGUCCUGACCGAACCAAAAUAUUUAGAAUCUGAAGUCAGAAUGUUUAAAAUGGGAAAACCAAGCUUGAAUAAACUCUCUUCAUGUUAGAGGAAGCACCUCACGUGACUUGUCUAACUUGCUUCAGGAUAAAAUCUGUAUGUACUGUACUGUAUAAUGUACAUGCAAGGAUGGAUGUGCAUGGUUGCUUCUACGUAUUCCAGUGUACAUUGUACAUAUCUGUUCUGCCUUAGCUACGACACUAAGCUUAGCCUGAGAUUUACUAAUUUUAAUUUGAGCCUCGGUUGACAACUCUUGAUUUCUGGAUUUUUAUUUCCGAUAAAUGUCCCCUAAAGAAGCUAAAUAGACACAGUAAUUAUCUUAAAUCCUUGUUUUUAGCUUCUCGACUUAAAGCAGCUUUGAACUUAUUAUAUAAACAAAUAACUUUGUAAUUAAGUAAUGUUUAAUUUAAUUAACAUCAAAUUAACAUCACAAUACACUGUAGAUUAUUAAAUUGUAUAAAAUACAAAAACUGUUAAAUUAACAUUGUAUUUGUACAUAAAGUGUUUAUUUGUAUACCGUGAUAUAUUACGUGUACUCUGUACACCGUACACUGUACAAUGCACAGUGUUCACAGAUCUGAAUACAUAAAAGCGAGAUUACUAUGACCCAUGUUUUUAAACAGGUAGCUUAUUUUUAACAAAAUACGACAUUUGAAGGUGUCAAUCCAAAGAUAGCCUUCUCUUUUAGAAGACGGAAGAAAAAAUCUAAUGAAUUAAUUAAUAUUAUCCUAUUUAUAAGAUAUCGACGUGAUUAAACAUGUACAUAAGAAUAUGUAGGUUAGAAUAUUUGUUUUUAAUAAUUAAUUCAAGAUAACUGAAUAAUUUUGUGAUUGUUAUCUUCUGUUACUAGUCACUUACUCUAAAGUUUAAUAACUAUGAAUCUUGUACAAUUUGUCAAGUUUUGUCUUAACUAAUGUACAGUACAGCAAAAGAUCAAUGCACAUAGCAAAUCAACAAGCUGGGCCCAUAUUUUCGCUUGCCAUGGUAUCUUGAACCGAGCUAUUUAGGUCUUACAUGUUUUGUCAUAAUAUAUUAUCAGCUAGCUGACAUGCUAUGUACUUUGUAUAGUUUAGCAGUUAAUUUGCUGGAUACGUGCCAUAUCACUUUUCUUUAACUUAGAACUUAUUUUCAGUAUUGGAUGUUUAAUUAUAUACCGUGCAGAUAUAUAGUGUGCAAACUUUAUUUUAAACUAAAUAACCUUGUACAGUGCUUCUUAAUGUACAACACUAGACAGUACUCACCAGUGUACAACACGAAGCAGUACCCCUUAGUGUACAAAACGAAGCAGUAUUCCUUAGUGUAUAACACGAAGAAGUAUUCCUUAGUGUACAAAACGAAGCAGUAUUCCUCCUUAGUUUAUAACGCGAAGCAGUACUCCUUAGUUUACAACACAAAGCAGUACACCUUAGUGUACAACACAAAGCAGUACUCGACAGUGUACAACAGGAAGCAGUACUCGUGAGCGACAACAGAAAGCAGUACUCGUGAGUGUACAACAGGAAGCAGUACUCGUGAGUGUACAACAGGAAGCAGUACUCGUGAGUGUACAACAGGAAGCAGUACUCGUGAGUGUACCACAGGAAGCAGUACUGACCACUAUUAAUUCUAUACUUAAAGUUUAAUAAUAAAAUGUAUACUAUUUCA